GCCAGCAGUGUUAUCACUGAGCAUACGAAGCUUCCCUGCAUAUUACCCAUCUUCUGCUUACAUCUCCGCGGAGCACAAGAGUGCCUGCUGUCCCAGUAACCGCCCCGCUGUGGUUUCCCUUGCAGCCCCCUCAGUUCCCCAAAAUCUCUCUGCGGUGGCAGAGGGGAACAGCACAGUGCUCAUCUCCUGGGGCAGCACCCCUGGGCAGCAGGACGACUGCCAGCUGUGGCUGCGGGACCCCCGGAACGGCUCAGUGCCACGGCGGCACACACUCACCAAGGGGCAAUUCCAGCUCCUCCUGCACGGGCUGACCCCAGGCAGGAACUACUCCGUGUCCCUGAGCUGCGUGGCCGGGCCCUAUUGGAGCAGCACCAAGCCCUUGGCAGUGGCUGUGGAGCCAAAUCCAGUGGAGGAUGUGCAGUGCCUACCGGAGUCAAGGAGCCUUUUUGUGAACUGGAGCGGCUCUCCUGGAGACGUGGAGGCUUACGAGGUGGUGACAGAGGGGCUCUCGGACAGCCCUCCCACCCCCAAGAACUCUGUGAGCGUUCUCAUGAGCCAGGCCAGCCUGGAGGGGCUGCAGCCGAACUCUUCGUACCGAAUCGCUGUGAGCGCUGUGGGCAUCAAUGCCAUGAGGAGCCCGGCUGUCACUCUGCUCUGCAACACAACAGCAGAGGCCCUUCCCCCGCCCCUGCGAGCAGAAGUCUUCCAAGUGGAGGCCAGCUCCACCGUCAUCAUUUCAUCUGACCUGUUCAGCGAGGAGAACGGCCAAAUCGAGUACUAUGGAGUCGUUGCUACCACUAAUGACUCACUGCUGAGGCCCACCCAGGACAUCAUGUCCAGCACGUGGUACGACCACUACUACGGGACGGAGGACUCCUACCUGGCUGUGCUCAUCCCCAACCCCUUCCACCCGAGCUCCUCCCAAUCCACUGAAACCUGGCGAGUGCCCGUGGGGACAGAGGAGUGCGGCCAGACCCGGGCGAUGUGCAAUGGGAAGCUGAAAGCCAACGAGCAGUACAGGUUCAGCAUCGCUGCCUUCACCAAGUACGACCCUGUCACCCCUGCAGUGACAUUCACCACAUUCUCGGCUGCUGGAGAUAGCAUGGACACAUCUCUGCUCCCAAUGCCUAUAAUAGCUGGAAUCGUCGUGGGAUUUCUCUUGACAUUGGCUGCUAUUUUUGCUUUGGUCUGUUGGAAGCAGCUCAGAGCGAGGAGGACACAGAAGAGCAGCCUUCCCCAGGAAAUGGUGACCUACAGCUUGAGAAAUGUCCACCGGCCGAUCCCCAUACAGAACUUCAAGCAGUACUAUGAGAUGAAGACAGCAAGUGGUAGCCAUGCUUUUUUCCAAGAGUUUGAGGAGCUGAAGGAGGUUGGGAAGGAGCAGCUGAAGGUGGGGGCUGAGCUACCAGCCAACGUCUCCAAGAACAGAUACCCACACGUGUUGCCCUACGAUCACUCUCGGGUCAGGUUGAGCCAACUGGGGGACGACCUGCACUCGGACUACAUCAAUGCCAACUUUGUGCCUGGCUAUACAUCCCCGCAGGAGUUCAUUGUCACCCAAGGGCCCCUGAAAAAAACCAUCGAGGACUUCUGGAGGCUGGUGUGGGAGCAGAACGUCUGCAACAUCAUCAUGCUGACGGUGUGCAUGGAGAACGGGCGGGUUCUCUGUGAUCACUACUGGCCGUCUGAAGCUGCUCCCAUCUCCUACGGGCAGCUCCGGGUUCACCUGCUGUCUCAGAGCAGUGCUGAGGAGUGGACCAUGCGUGAGUUCAAGCUGUGGCAUGAGGGCCUCCGGGCAGAACGGCACGUGUCCCACCUGCACUACACUGCAUGGCCUGACCACGGGAUCCCAGAGUCCACAACAUCCAUUCUGGCCUUCAGGGAACUGGUCCGGGAGCACAUCCAGAACGCCAAGGAUGCUGGGCCGACCCUGGUGCACUGCAGUGCUGGGGUGGGCCGCAGCGGCACCUUCAUCGCUCUGGACCGGCUGCUGCAGCAGAUGAAGCAGGAGAAGGUGGUGGACAUGUUUGGUGUGGUCUACACCCUGCGGAUGAACCGCUACCAGAUGAUCCAGACGUUGUCCCAGUAUAUUUUCCUGCACAGCUGUAUCCUGGACAAGAUCUUGGAGGAACCACUCCUGGGUUUAUCAGGGACAGAGACGUCCUGCCCCAUCCCACUGAAGAGCUUUGCACAGCACUACUCCCAGAACUCAGCCAAGUCCAACAUGGGCUUCCUGAGGGAGUAUGAGACCCUCCUGGAGGUUGCUAAGGAGGAAACCAGCUCAGCUCCACCGUCACUGGGCACCCAGCAAACACGGCCCUCAUCCAGCAUCCUGCCGUACGAUCGCUCCAGAGUGAAGUUUUCCCUGCUGGACCAAGGCCCUUUCUCGGGUCUGCAGGUGUGGCGUGUCCCAGGCUGCAGCUCCAGCAGAGACUACCUGGCUGUGCAGGGGCCUGACAAGCUGACCACGGAGGACUUCUGGACGCUGGUGUGGGAGCAGGACAUUCACACCAUCCUAACGCUGCUGCCGUGGCAGGAGAUGGGGGAGGUCCCACACGACGUGUGCUGGCCGCUGGAAGGAGAUUCUCUCUGCACAAAGCUGCUGACCAUCCAGUGCGGCACGGAGAAGCCUGCCUCGGGCUGGAGGUGCAUCCAGCUCAAAGUGAAGCACGAGAAGAAAGGAAAGGAGAGGCAGGUGCAGCAGUUCCUGUACAGGCUGUGGAGCAACAAGGAGCAGCCAAAUGUCGAGAGCCUGGUGGAGCUCCUCAGUGCUGUCAGGCGGUGCGUGCCCAGCAGGAAGAGAGCCAGCCCUCUCCUUCUGCACUGCAGUGGUGGUGAGAACCAGAUGGGGACCCUGAUCGCCCUGGAUUGCCUGCUGCACCAGCUGAAAACAGAGAGGACUGUGGAUGUCUAUGGGGUGACCCUCCAGCUGAUGAGAAGCUGCUGCCUCAUGACCCCCACGCUGGACCAGUACAUGUUCCUAUAUACCUGCAUCCAGGACAUCAUCACUCAGAAGCAGCCCUGAGGCCCCUUGGUGCUUCCCGGCAGCAUCCUGCCCUCUGAGUGGGAGCACUGAGUGGCUCCUGGCACAGCAGGAGCCCUGCAGCAAGAGGGAGACCCAACCUGGCACUGUCACCCCACUGUCAGCAUGGGGACACCCGGGCAGCCUCAGACAGCGCUCCUCUGCCUUGCUGGGGGUGGGAGGUGGGAUGCUCCCCCUCUGCUCACCUUCUGGGCUCAUUGGUGCCCGGGAUGCUGAGCCGGCUGCAGCGCUGGGUGGAGGGCGGGUGGCCCCAGCAUGGAGAGCGCAGAGCUCUGCAGCACUGCUGCGGGUGGAGCAGAGCGUGGCCUGGGCUGAUGGAUCAGCGUUGGGUACAGCCAAUAAACAGCCCUGGGAAAGAG